ACCCAACCAUCAACCGCAACAACAAAAAAGCAACAACAACAGAGAACAUAAUCACCCGAGCGCGCAAUGGAGAGGUCCGUCAGAUCCGUGCUGGUGUUCGUAGCCGUUUCCAUCCUCAUUUCCAGCCAUCCCACAGACGCCUGGUACAAGCAGUCCACCGGGCCGAGCUACUAUUCGGUCGGGAGAGCGUCGGGUUUGCUGUCGGGCAUCCGGAGGUCGCCGUAUGUGCGCCAGUCUGAGGGGGAAUCAGCGCUGGACAGCGGAGAGACUCCCGGAGUCUCCAACAGCGUCUUGGCGGAGCUCAGCAGUGGCAACAGCGGCAGACAGACUCCAGUGCUGAAGAACAUGGCAAUCUGCGUAAAGGACAUUUCCCCAAACCUUCAGAGCUGCGAGCUGCUUCAGGACGGUUCGAGCUCGUUUCGGUGCAAAGCAGACGUGUUUCUGUCGCUCGACUCUCUGGACUGCUUCACCUCCUGAGCGGCGCCGGUCCUUUCCCUCCCUGACCCGAGUCUCUUCCAUUUCAGGAGUGUUUACCGCCGAGGCAGCCAGACGUGCUGUUGACACUGAAUGUUUACCAGAUUCACACCAGAGAGAUCAACUCUGCUCCAGAACAUCUGCUUUCCUGCAAAAAUCACUCCUGUAUACGUGAUGACGUUUAUUAUGACUGACAUUCUAAACCGAAUUUAAGUUUUCGGCGCGAAAGUAAGCCAUUUUCUGUCAACGCAACAGAUUUCCGUUUCAGCCGCUUUAGCUAAGUAAUUAGAUGAAAAGUCGACAGUUGUAAACUUUUUUCGUUCUCCAAAGCAGUUUGAAUAAUUAUAACAAUGCAUUCAAUCAAAUGAGAAGAAAUACCAGUUUACCAAGCAGCAAGCUAAAAAUAACUUUAAGCAAAUGACACUGGAAAUCAGGCACAUUUAAAUUAAAAACCCCAUCAUCAACCGCUGUUAUGUAAAAAAAAGAGCAUAACACAUUUACAGUGAAAUCAAGAAUGAAGCCAUUACAUAAGAUAUUAGUUUAGUAUAGAAAACGCACAAAAGUGAAGUCAAACCAAAUUCAGUUACCUUCCAGUGUAAAUACACGUUUUGCAGGAAAACGGAUCUCGAAGAGCAGUUUGAGCACUCCUGGUUUUACAUAAUGUGAAGUAUGCUGCUUGAAAUUUGUAAAUCGAAAACAUUGAAAUCCACAGAAACAAAACAAAGAGGUGUUUUUGUUCGAUCCGUUUCCCCUCGCACCCGCCCUUCUCCUGUAUCUAUACCUGCAGAUGUAUUAAAUGUUCAUAAAAAGAGUUAUGUUAUGAGCAAAAACUUUCAAAGAUGU